GGUAACUCUGGUGCCAUUCAUAGUGGGCGUGUCGAUGGGCUGUUUCGGUCCGGCUUUCAUUCUCGGCUUUUUGGCCUCUUUGGGAAUCACAGCCCUCUUUGGACUCCUGGUGUUGGGCCGCAAGGCCAGUAGGGAUGAGAUGCGAUUCCAAGCGGGCGGUACCCCCACUGGUGGUCAGCCCUACUCACCCACCUCUCCACUAGUCUUCAGUAAUAGUCAUUGGAAACGAUUGAUGUCUUCAAUGACUUAUUGCCGGCAAAGGAGACCAUUGCCUGAGAGACUCAUUGACACCAACAAAGUGAUCAAAAGAGACAUUCAGUCGAUGUUUGGCAGACAUGUCUUGAGACGAAGAGAUCUGACAUUAAAUUCAGUGAUAAAGCGAUUUAUGUUUAUUCAGACGGAAGACACGCCGAAUCCCAAUAGUCUUAAGUUUGUUCCCGGAGUCAAAGUGAUGUCUUCGGGAACCAUAGACUUCCCGAGCGUCAGAUCGGCCCUCAAUAAGUCCCGAUUGGCUGAACAGCUGUUCCGUAUAGAAGGCGUCAAAGGAGUGUUCUUUGGAUCCGAUUUCAUCACAAUUACCAAAUCGGAUGAUGACAUGGACUGGAAGUUAUUGAAACCCGAGAUCUUCGCCACGAUUAUGGACUUCUUCGCCACCGGUCUUCCCAUUGUCAACGAAUCCGAUGACAAUCAACAGACCGAAGCGAAAGAAGAGGUUUCGGACAACGAAACGGUGGAAAUGAUUAAAGAACUCAUCGAAACCAGAAUCAGACCCACAGUUCAAGAGGACGGCGGAGACGUGAGGUUUAUGGGCUUCGAGAACGGAACCGUUAAACUCAAACUUCAAGGCGCCUGUACUUCGUGUCCUUCUUCUAUAGUCACUCUGAAGAGUGGCAUUCAAAAUAUGCUUCAGUUUUAUAUCCCAGAAGUCGUUAGUGUAGAACAGGUGACCGAUGAGUUGGAUGCGUUGGGCGCCAAAGAGUUCGUCGAAUUCGAGAAGAAAUUAGAAAAAGAAGAAAAACCCGAAACUACUAAAAAAACUUAGUUUUAUUUCAGACCUAAUUGUCCACAAAUGGAUUGUAAUAUAAAUAGUUAAGUAAUAAAAUGUAUACCAAAGGUAUUCAAUCAAUAAUUGG